AUGCCUCUCCAGCAGAAUGACCAAGAGUGUUCAUCUGUGCAGGAGCCGAGUGCGGGGAGCGAGCUGGCCGCCAGCGGAGGAGCCAGCGUGUCCGCGGUGGUGGCGGCAGGGGGUGCCGUGGGGCCCCCCCAGCCGCCUCCGCCGCUGGCCCUCAAGGACGUGCAGUGUCCCAUCUGCCUCAAGGUGUUCAGCCGAAAGUUCUCUCUCGAGAUGCACUUCCUCAUCCACCAGGGACUCAAGCCCUACAAGUGCCAGUUCUGUGGCCGUUGUUUCCGCCAGAAGGGCACCCUCAUGCGCCACAAGGCCAUCCACAGUCAGACACCGUCGUACCGCUGCGGCCUGUGUGACAAGAGCUACCGCCAGAAAAAUGUGUUCCUGCACCACCUCCGCAACCGGCACAAGGUGUCCACGGACGUGCUCGACCGGCGGCGCUGCCACAUCAAGAACAACGCCGGCGGCGGCGUCAUGGAGGCAGUCCCUGCUGCGCCGCUGCCGCCACCCUCGUUGAGCUCGGUGUGCCUGCCCCCGCUGAGUCCGCCGGAGCCUCCGCCGGGCGAGGCCGCGCCGCCUGUGAUGUUGCGCAUCUCGGAGCGCCAGCAGGCCCUUCCGCCGUCCUCCGUCGUGUCCUCCAUGUGGCAAUGUCCCUUCUGUGCCUUCGAGAGCGCCCACGACCCCGAGGUCUGCCGCUCGCACCUGCUCCAGCACGUGGGGGAGCCAGCCGACUGCCCGCUUUGUCCCCGGCAGCUCGCGUCGCCCCAGGAGCUGGCGGCGCAUCUGCGUGACUUCCAUGAGAGUGCGGGAUUGCCCUUUUUCGGGACUCGACCUCCACGCUGCCCCCGUGGGCAAAGCCGUCCUCCGGAUGUGACCUUCACCUGCAUUCCGUGCCAGAUGGAGUUCAGCAACGAAGAGGACUUUGAGUGGCACGUGCGCACGCACGUGCAGAGCGUUCUUUCCGAGCCACCCGUAGCAGCGCCGAGGGCUGCCCUGCCACCCGCCACCUCCGCGAGCGAGGGACCUCUCGACCUAACCGAGGCACGACCGGCAGCAGCACCGCCUCCUUCCGCCCCACCGCCCAUCAAGUCGGAGGCCGAGACAUCGCGCGGCUUUUCGUCUCCACCGCGGUUGGCAUACAAGCUGCAGCCGCCACAGCAACCGCAGGUGCCGCGGCAGCAGCAGCGCCGUCAGCUCCUGUGCGUCGAGUGUGGGAAGCUGUUUGGUUCCAAGGCACUGUACCGGUACCACGCACAACUGCACCUGGAUGUCCAGGGUGUAACGUUCAGGUGCCCACAGUGCCGGCGGCGGUUCUCCCGCAAGGGCGAGCUGCUGGCGCACACGCGACAGCGUCACCUGCGGCGCCUGCCGUGUCCUCGGUGCGGCCGCCAGUUCAGCUACCGGUGCUUGCAGCGGGCACACGUGGCCCGGUGCCAGGGUCCGCCACCACUCUGUCUGCCCGUGGUAGACGUGCAGGCCGCACGUGGUGCCCUCGGCGCCAGCCUCCUUGGUGUCAUCCCUCUAGUUGCACCCGACGGGCAGGAGGCCAGCCCGCUGCUGGGAGUCCCCGUAUUGGCGCCGGACUGCCUGCCGCUCAAGAGCCGGCUCAACGGACUGCACAUCUCGGCACGCAUCGGGCUCUAGUCUUCCGCCAGCUCCCCCCCACUGCUGGAGUACAAAAAAAAAGGGCCUCCACUAGGGAGAAAGAACAGACAGAAAUGGGGUGACAAAAAACUCAUUGCUGGCAUAAAUGUUUGCAGGUGACCAGAUAACGUCGCAAAGAAAAAAAAAAGAAAUGAGUAAGAAACAGGGCAGGAGAACAUGGACUGAUGGCAUCCAAAGAUGUCGCAGAACUAGAACUGUGUGUAUCACAACAAGGUUACUAUGCACUGCUGCCUCCUGGUGGUACAGACACGCAUUCAGUUUCGUCGCUCGGAAUGUCACUCAUGUUGUAUGAACAGAAGGGGGAGCAUAUGGGACUCAAGCUGCCAGCCUUUCUGGCAUGACUCACCACCCCAUCAUACCACCAGGCAGUGUCACCUUGUGACACACAUCGGGAGCGUUUGCAGUCGUUAUCUGUUCGAGCUAAAAAGCGGGAGUUUCUUCUCACCUCAUUCUGUUCUUGCUUCGUGGUCUCCGCCAAAGACUCCCACUGGGGGCCUCGUGCCAAAGGCGUCUUCCAUCCUGCCCCCCCAUCAUAGCGCCCGUCCAGAAAAAAAAAUGAGAGAGCAAUAACCGCCAUGGCAUGCUCGAGGACGCCACUCGUCCCGGUGAAAAUGAGUUUGCUGGUUCCCGCCCUGCUCUACCUCAUUGUCUCGUAGCUCUAAACUGCUGUGAAGCAGAUGACACAGAACGCAGCGGGCUACGUGAAAGCAGGGACAGGAACCUCCCGUGUAGAUCGGCCUUGCCAGGUCUUUCGAUUGUCGCCUGCUCGCAUUGGUACCUCUUCAAGGGGCAGUGCAGGGCACUGUUGCUGGCUGUUUAGUACCAGGCUGUAAAAGACGGGAAGUAACAUAAUGCGCGAGGGUGUGGCCAAAUAAUGGUGAAUUGAGACAUGACCACAAUUUUAACCCUUUCGGGAGUAGUUUGGUCCCCCAACAAUCAUUUAUGUGGUCUUUACCAUUGCUUUUCUAUUGGGAAUACCGCUGCAUGCUGAUUGUUCUACUCUCCAAUUGUGUCCAGAAAGGUACAGGUCGUGCAGUGUCAGCUUUAAGAAAGGUCACACAAGAUGGCUGUUGUUGAGGCAGAAAAAAAGACAUCGCAAAUACACGCAAACCUCAAUAUAACGAACACAAAUAUAAUGAGAUGUUGGUUAUAACAAAGUAAAUGAAAAAUAGUCGUGCAAUAGGUACACUGGUAGGAAUAACCUUUAUAAAUAAUUUUUGGAUAUAACAAAUAUAUUUUUUUGAAAGAGUCAACUUUGUUAUAACGAGGUUUUGGUGUAUACCCUUUUUCUUUAGAGUGUAGCUUUGUGACAGGCUCCUUCACGCUAAACUUUCACACAGAAGGUAACAUAUAGCUGUAAGUUAAGUUAAACGUCACAUUUAUGUGAAAGACAUUCCGGAUCAAGUUCAAACUGCACGCAUAUAUUAAGAUGCAACGAAAGGUAGAUGGGAUCUGAUACUUUACCUAUGAAGAAAAAUAACAGAUGUAGUGGCUUUUCUGCUGUAGGUCUAUCGAGAUUUUUCAGGUGGCAAGAGAGGCAUUAAAAUUAAUACCCUGUAGUAUGAUAUUUGGGCUAACUGAUGUAAAGUCAUCUGUCUACCUGGCUUUGGGGUGGUAAUGGCAGACGGUGGUGACAGAAGUAGCAGAGUAGAAAUAUGCGAAGAUUGCUGGUUCUACAUUAGCUGCAUCCUGCGUUGCUUUGGCCAGCUUCAACUUUAAUGGUAUGAACUGUUUGGUUUUAUGCGCAUACCGUACAUCUCUCUUUUUUUGGAUGCUUGUAGUCUGCAUCACCCGUGAAAUUCACCUAACCACUUCAGCUCAUUGGCAGCAGAGUGGUGGUGAUCGGUAUUUUCCAACAGUGUGCAGGGCUGUGUUAGUGGACAAUUUUCUAUACCUUGUUGAAUUUAUUUGGAUGUAACUUAAAGUAAAUUAUUCAGCUUGCACUGAUCCUUUGUUUCUCGUUACAUGAUGAUGUUUUUUAAAGCACCAACUGGCACAUUGGAACAAAAUCUUAAAAAUGAGUACUUUUACUGCAUUUUGUUACCACCACUAAAACUUUUGCCAGUGCACAUGCCUCGAAUUCAGAAGAGUUGUGUGGCAGUAUAGUUCUUUUUGAGCCGUGUGGGCACAAAAUCACGAGGCGCCGGAAUUCAAAUCAGUUUCUACAUGGUACUUAAGUCUCGGAGGCCACUGGUAUUUUAUUGAAAAUUUUCCUUUGGCAACCACUGGUACUUCUCCGAAUAUCGUAAGUGGUCAGGUUCUGUGCUUGUGAAAUGAUUGUCGUCAUCCGUGAUUGGCAAGUAUGACUGAAUUUCAAAUUGUCAGACUUUCUGCCUAACUUAGUGACGCUUGUGCACCAACUAGCCCGACAUUGUAGUUUCCUGAAGCUUAAAGUAAGCUAAUUGCUGGAAGAGCAAGCUAAUGUUGUGGCACGAAGUAUAGAGCAUGAAGUAAACGACGUCCAUAUCAAUCAUUACAGUAGAUUCGUCAGCUCUGGUUCGUUCGGAGUCGUCAUUAUCAACUUAUGUUCUCUGCAAGGUGUAGUUUUUAGCAGAGAUAUCUACUAUUCCUGUCUUGUACUGGCCGGUUCCGUCCCGCACCUGCAAAUUUGCUAAUUUCACCAUGUUAAGCUGCUCUCUGCCAUUGUUGGCUUUGCUGUCGUCAUUUUUCGUGGCACCCAUCAUAGGCCAUCAAUUGCAUGGCUUGCCCAGCUCCAUUUCUGUGUUAAUGUCUGCUGAAAUGUAGGCCAUUCUUAUUACUUUUCAUUUUUUUCUGCAAUAGCCAACACUGUAUUGCUCUCAUUAACGUUCAGCCAAAUGUUCGUUGCACUAUAGCCUGGCAUCUCAAGUUUCGGCUCCUUAUUCUGGUAUAUUCUUAGAACGCAAUGAGUGUGUGCUUUUCUUUUCGAACACUGCAUGGAACAUAUGGUUGGUGCUAUUUUCGUGAAACCUUCCAACCCAUUUUCAUUUUAUUAAAAGCAUCUUUCUGACAAUAUUCGGGUGUUGAAAGCGUAGGCUCGCCAAAAGAGGAAGGCAGAUGCUGUUCAUGUUGUGAAUGCAUCAUUGUUUUCUGGUGUUGCUAUAGUUCACUGCAAACAGAGAUGCGUUUGAUUGCUGAUUUUGGUUGCAAAACAUGAACGUCCCGAAAAAUUUUGUCAGAUAUUCGGAUGUUGGUAGUUAGCCAAAGAUAAUAUCUUAGUCAGAAAAGAAAACUUUCAUAUUUCAAUAUGCCCAGUGUUCACAUUACAGAGGAAAAGUGCUUGCACUUUCAACAAAAGCCAACUGGUUCAGCUCUCUUACAAAUUAUGGACAAGCAUGUCACGCUGUUUUCGUCAGAGAGUUAUUUUUACGUUGCAAAUGACUAGUGUAUUUCAAAAUGCUCUAGUGUUAGUUGGACUUCUUAGCUAAGUUGGUUCAUGUUUUCUGCAGUAAGUUAAGCGUGAAGGAAGAAGGCAGCCAUACCGACAAAGAGAUAUGUAAUGAGGAGUUACCAAAAAACAGUUGCCAUUUAACCCAAGUCCUUUCGUAUGUUUGAUUAUUUGCUUCAAGCUAAACUUCACGUAAAAAAGAACAUCCACACAAAACUUGUGACCCAGGCAUGUUAGAACAGUGUUCUCGCAGACAGAGUUAAAAAAAAACAGCUUAAAAGUAUAAUGGAUAUUACGCAAUACCCGUCCAUUGGUCUCUUCAACUGUCUCAUGUGAUUGUUGUGCUAACGCGAAAUUUGGGACUGGAAAACAAUAACAGCAAGCAUAUGUUGACGUACGAGUCUUUUCGAAUCUUAACGGCGCGAGCGUGCAACUUUGCAGCCUGAGUGCACACGCCUCGCUGGUCUCUUCUUGUGCACCCGCUGCUUAGAAGGUAGUUCGAGACGAGAUCGCGCAUUACCAGUGGCGCUAGCAAUCGCACCAUGCCCCCCACUGCCUCUUGCGCCGAACUCGAGUGGCGUCCUAGCGCGCCGCGGCCAACGAUUUUUUUUUGUGACUGCUUUCUUACGUUGCACGAACUGGAGAAUCUCCUCAGAGAACAAAUUAUGUGUUUUUUUUUUCGUUUAUUUUGUAUGUCUCCUUUUGCUGCUUGUGUGCCUAUGCACGCGUGGCAUUGCAAAAGGGAGAGAAAGGAAAUUUUUUGGAGGGGCAUUAUUUAUUUCGCACACUCCUCAAGUGUCUUUAUGUCGUGCAGGUUUCAACAUCCUGUGGACAAUAAAUAUAUUUAUAUAUAUAGAUAGAUAUUAAGAGAGGGGGCAAAAAGAAGCCAUCCCAUCUUCCCCUCGUUGGAUUGGCACCAUAUGCUUUCCCAUUUGGCCUACCAGGGAGGUCACAUUCAUCAUCGCCAGGCCCCAAAAUUUAGUGCUUGUAUCACACUUUUCAAGCUGUUGGUUUUAUUAUUUUGUUGUUGAAAUGGUGCCGCCGCACUUCUACGUGCUGUCCAGUGUUUUGGGCCUGCACCUUGGGGGGGAGCACUUGCACAAACCAGGCCGGUGUGUAGUAAUGGACUUGUCUUUGACUGUUUCCGGUUAACAAAGUUUUUGUGGCGCAACGAAGCAUACUCGGUCCGACCGGGGAUUGUUUGGUUAUGCAUAAUUGUUUUGUUUGGCUUGUGUUUUUUUUAAUGCUUUUCUUUCUAUAGGCACAGGCCAAGUUUAACAAGCCUUUUUUUUUUUUUGUAGCAAUGAACCUUUUUUUUUUUUUUGGACAUCUUUGCACGCCGUUAUGCCACUUUACAUUGUGCUGCGCUUGGUGCUGUCGACGUGUUUCGGCAGUGCACGAACGGUGCUGGCUGGGAGGGGGAUACCGCCUCCCCUUCCGAGCCGUGGUCGCUUGUUGCAAGGAGUUUGGGCUGUACAGAGCGCGAGUUUGUCGUCUGCGAGGUUGUGUGUUGUCGCCGCCGGUACUUGCUUGGGUGUUUUGGCUCUGAUCGUUGUGAGGGAGUGUUUUCAGCGAAAGCGCCUGAAUAGGAGUUACAACCUGUACGUGACUUGCGUGAGACUGCAGUUUGCAGGCAUUGUAGGUGUUGUCAUUGAAAGACGCGUGACGCAGGCAUGACCCAGUUCGUGAAGUUCUUGUUUAUUUGCGAGAACGACUUGCCAUCGACUGGCGCAUUCAAUUGCCUGGAAUUGAUUGGGGCUAUUGGCUAUGUCUCAAAAGGUAGUUUUCUCUAACUGCUGUUCGCAGAACUCUUGAUUCAUACUAGAGGUGUUGUUUGUCGACGAACGUAUUCGCAGGUGCAUAAUUCUUACACGAUUGAUACAGCGCUAAGAAUGAAGAAGUAAAAAACAGCGUACAAAAGGAGUGCAAAGUUCAUCCUGACAAUUGUUUUAAUCAUCGCAUUGUGAACUGUUCUUGGCAGUCGUUCACUGCAAAAUGCCUUCACGAAUCUGGGCUGGCCUGUGUUGCCAAUGUGGAUGGCAGAUAGACGUAGCACAAUGUAUAAGCUUGCAUUCACAUGCUUUUAUAAUUGCUUGCAAAUUAAUCGAUCAAGUGAUUCUGUGAUGCACAAGCGACGAGUUGUUAUUGACCCAAUGUUUAGUAUAGUUCCUCCAGAGGCCUCCUGAAUUAAUGGGAGGUAAUUUCAAAGCACUGACGCAGAAAGGCUGAAAAAAAAAAAAAGGUUGAUUUUUUUUUUUUCUGAGCUCAGGUAUCUUGAAAGGCUUGAUGCCGACUAUUCCACCUUUGUUUUUCUUAUUUCACUUUGUUUUUCUUUAUACAUCGGCUUGAUUUGACUAGGGUCAAAAGACGUUUUUCUUUAGAGACAGUACAGGUUACCUGUACGUUUUGUGCAUCACAUCGUCACCGCAUCAGACAGCUGCCCAUCCAUUCUGCAAGAGGGGUCGGGCAGCUCAUUGAGGGCAGAGACAUCACGAUUUUACCUUGCUCAGUUUUCCAGAAGUACACAUGUAAUUAUUAGUUAAAUAAUGGUUCAAGUUAACCAUGCAACAUGUUCAUUCUAAGAGUGGUCUUCAGUUCACAAGUUGACUUGUGUAAUGUAACUAGGGUGAAGUGCAUAGAAGACAGCAUGCGCAUAAAUUAUUAUAGUAUAUGCCCAGAACUUACAGUAGCAUGCAUGCAAAUUUACGGUCUCUCACGCACAGAUAUCUGACCGUGCAUACGCAAUAUGUGUGCAUGUUUGAGCAGGUGUACGUGCACACUUAUUGUGCACAUGUGCAGAUACAUCUCCGAUGAGGGUACAAUGUGUUCAUUGUCAAUGGUACAAGCCUAUUUCAUGCGGUUUGCAAGAAAGUUGUAUCUCUGCAAAGUUCGAGAAUGCAGCCAUUUUCACAUGAAACACUUGCAACGGCCACAUAUGCACUAAUGCAGACUACAACACGGAAAUUUCACCUAUGUGUGCAGGCUUCACAAGCAUUUGUUCCCUUCGUAGAGCCUGCUCUUCAAAAAAUUUUGACAAACUGGAAUCCUUGACGCUGGAGGAGGGAGCUAAGUGAAGUAUGUGUUCUGCGUAAAUUACUCCAGAGCAAACAUCAAUGUCAGUGUCUGUCAAAAAAAAAAGUAGAUUGAUCAUUGUUAACACCUGUCAUUAGUUAUGAAAACCAAAUCCACUCGGCAGAAGCAUCGUAACAAAAAGGAGGCUUACUCCAGUGGACGGUUGCGAAUCUUGUCUUACAGCUAAUGUUUGCCGGUUGUUCUUUGCGUCGUUCGCAGCCAACUAAGAGCUGAAAUCCUGAUGUCUCUGUCCCGUCACGUGUGCUUUGCAAGGUACAAACAAAAUGGGGCCUCAGCACGUUUCGUGGGCUAAGACAAUGCCUUUCAGUGUCAGGCCGGCAUGAGGGCUCAUCAUUUUAUUUUCAUGCCCAACAUGCAAAAGGGCAGUUAGACGAAGGGUAGUAGCACAAGCCCAGACAAGGCGAGCGAGUCGCAUGUACCCUGGAAUUCAGAGCAUUAUUUUUUACUUCGCGUCAUCACUAAGGUCUGCGCUACGUGCUCGACAGUUGAGUUGAUCAUGUUGUAUGGAGAUACAUGCAACCAAACUUUCAUUAUUAUCACCACGAACUGCAUGUCAUCAUGCCAUCCUGAAUCGUAUUGCACCUUAUGAAAAAUAUAGUGACUUCAUGUUCGUUCUUCUAUUUUUUUUUUUUUAGCUUCUGAGGCAUCUGUAUUCCUGACUUCAUUUUUAUGAUCGAGGUUUUAGUCAACGCAACACCCAGAAUUAUGGCUUAUUGAAGUGAGUGAGUGGAUCCUAUUUACAAUGCUGCAUUUUUAAUUAAGCCGAAUGUGCUGGAUGAGUUGGCUUUGUUUGUUUCAAGGAGGUAUGAAAAAAAAUUGCUAGAGUAGAAAAUAUUACUCAAGAGUGAAGCCAUGCCAUCUAAAACAUGGCAUUGCAGCCACUAUCUUGUUAAGGGCAUAAUAAACUCGGCAUUCAACAAAGGGGGAGCGUUUUCCUUGCACGCCCGAUGAGUUUAACUUUUCCGUGGCAACUUUUUCGCUCAGAGUUUGUCUUUGUGUCCCUAGUGUUCCUUAGUAAGCCUAGAAGUUUUGGCAAAUUUUAUUCGAAAUCAAGUCACCAAUACACAUCUUAAUGUGUUGCUUUCGUUGGGAACAACUUUCUUUUAUUCUAUGAGUAAUGUGGCACAGAAAUAAAGUAGAUCACCAUUAAAAGGGAGUAUGAUUUCCAAUAUCUUUGGAGCGUGAAAGCUGGCUUCACUGUUGCCGUCAAAGCUUUGCGAGAGUGUCCACUCCAAAAUUUUAUUUGAUUUAACCUUACAAAGCGACCAAAGUUUUGAAACAUGCUGUAUUGGAGGUUUCCGCAUAACAAGCUGGGUUUCUUUAACUUGAACCGGCAUUGCACAGCACAGAAGUCUCUAGCAUUUCGCCUCCAUUGAAAUGUGGGUUGAAUCGGUGGCUUUUGGGUCAGCAGCUGAGCACCGUUACCUAUGAGCAAGCCACCGGAGCAGCUCAUUUAAAGAUUAGACAAACCUAUAUCCAAAGAAGGCCGAGUUUCCGUUAAAGUUUUGCUACACAAAUGAAGAUCUUGGCUAGUCCAGGUUUGCUGGAAAUCACUGUUUGCAAAUGUUGAAAUGUGUUGAGUCCAAUGAUAGGUCUGAUCUGAAGACAGCAUUUUUUGUUGCGUUCCGCUGGAGAGCUUGUUUUCCCACUUGUUGAUUUAAUUUGUAUGCUUCACUCCAACUCAUUCCCCGUUUUUCGAAGCAGCAUUGAAGCUUAGUUUGUAGCCAUAACUGGGGGUCCACUUUGGGAGGUAGAGCUCGUCGCUAUAUAGGGCUUACGGAUAUGUUGAGGCACAAUGUACUUUCAUUUCAUUUACAAGACAGCUGCAUUUGCUGUGCUGUAAACUUACAUUUUUUUUUUUUUUUUGCAGCUCAAGUUUUGCUCUGCGAUUCAGGUCGCAACCCUUGACGACAGUCGGGAGUUAGCCUCUUGACCUCCUUUCCUCGUAGAUAUUAGGAAACCACAAUCUGGUGUUGUCUCUUGUUGCAUCUCUCUUAGCGUUGGAAAGCCGAGAAAAUUUAGUGAUAGAUUAGCUUUCUGGCUUUAGGUUCAUAGAGGGAGGUUGUUAAGAUUAAUGCUUUGUACUGAUGUCACUGACUGAGCUGUCUUUUUCUCACUAGAAUUCUUAAGUCAGCUUGCAGGACCUUUCAAAUAGCCUGUGCUGCUGUGUGGGCAAUGUGUACAGGUCCAGCUUUGAAUUCUUUACCUCCCCAGCAAUCUGAGGCUAGAAUUUUCAGUUUAAUCAGACUGUGGUAGCAAUUAUCAAAUAGAUUUUCUUUAAAUACAUACCUGCUUUAGGCAAUGCCUAUGCGUGAGGCAUAAGUUUUAAGACUCUGAGCCAAAGAAUUACUACGAAAGAAAGGUCAUGCUUUUUCGCUUGCGCUUUGACACUUGCCUUGACUAGCAGGUGCCAAAGGUUUUUAUCAGCAGAGUGAUCCACCAUAGCUUAAGAAUUAUCUUCUGCGUAGUCUUCCAUGGACGAGGUUCGCUCAGCUUGUACUUAUCUGUGCCUUUGUUAGAUGACAGAAUGACCAUAUAAAUAAAGAUAUUUAAUUUUAUUGAUUUAAAUGAAUUAUAUUACUAAGCAGCAUGUGUAUCGCGUGCAACGUGACAGGAGAAAAACGAUUUGCUCUUGAAGGAAUAGCUGGAAAAGCGUUCCUCGUUUCCGUUCUGAGACUUAGUCAGCCACACUAAGCUUUACACCUUGUACCUGCAAUUAAUAAUGAAUAUUUUACCGGAUUAUAGUUGUAAAAUAAUUAUAUUUGAAGUAUUUUAUAGUGAGGUUUGUUAGUUAUUUAAGCAAUGCCAGUCAUAAAUCUCCACUUGUCUGUGCUUGCUCUAGUGCUAGAAAGUUUACAUUUGGAUUCAGCGCAACUUGCGCAGCAUAGUUGAACUGUGCCGAGAAGGAAAUCGCUCUGAAACAGGAGUGGGUGCUGUACACGACAGUUGCAUGCAACAAACUUGCGACUGGUCAGGAUUCGCUGCCUUGUCUGGACACGAGUGCGCUCCUCGUCGUCAACUAAGGGGUUGGGGGUCUUUGUUUCAUGCCCUAAAAAACACCAUCUGCGCUUUCUAGUCUAACAAGAGUGUUCAGCCACAAAUGAGGCAUCGCACACAGACACACACACACACACACACCUUUUGCAUGUGCCUGCACCCACGCAUGCUACACAUACCACACACACGCACAUAUGCAUGAACCAAAACUGACCAAGUACCUGAGAGAUUGGCACCCGGGCAGUGUUCGGCAAGCGUUCCGGUGAAAUGAAGCCUGUUGUAUUGUUGUCUGUUUUUAUAUGUCCUGCUGCUACUCGCUGUUGUGAAGGGGAGGCAAUCUUGUCGUGUGAGUUUUGGGGUGGGGUAAGGGGUGGGGAUCACAAGUACGUCGUGUUUGGGGGUGCCGAAGAGCCAAAAUCAUGCCUUGUUCUGUAAUACUCCUCUUCUGAUGAAGCUGUUUGUUCACUCGAUGUGUCUGGUGGUGUUAGGAGAGAUGUUCUCAGGGUCAUAACAAUUUGCUUGUUUCUCGCGCACUCCACAGGAGUCGUGCGAAGCAGAGGCAUUUUUUUUUUAACUUGUCACGUACGACGACGACGAUGCCCACUUUGUUGUACAUAGGAGGAUUGGUAUAUAUUUAUUGUUGCCACACACGUAUACUGUGUUUUUAUCUUCUUUCUUUUCUCUUAACAUUUCUUUCAGAAACACACAAACAAUAGCUUUGCCUUGUUUAAGGACAUUUUCUUCACUCGAACAACUCAUUCCUAUGAAUACUUUUUUUUGUUGCUCGUGCUUUUUACAUUUGCUCCACCCCUUCCUUCAUGAAAAAAAAAAUAGUUAUUUUUUACCAUACUCGUGUUUUUGCAUACUUGUUUCGUAAGAAAAAAAAUGAGAUAUAUUGUAUACUUGAAGUUAUAUAUAUAUAUAUUAUAUACAUGCUAUAUUAUACACACACGUUUUACCACAAUCGUGUUUGAUACCAUGGUAUAGAUUUACAUGAAAAUGAUGUGCAUUUUUGGAGUGUGUGUGUAUGUACACAUAUAUUUUUUGUAUGGCAACAUCAGUCCCCAGCUGUGUGGGAAAGCUUUUUAACAAGUGUUGUACAAGGAGGCAUGUGGCGAAGCGCCGACAGAACAAAUAACAGGAAUAAAGCAUUCGCUCAACAGCAUCAUUAUCAA